AUGUUUACAUCUACAAAUUGUGCUGAUUGGGAAGACGAAGGGAGUAUACCAAUACCAGAUAACGCACAGAUUACAAACAAAUUGCCGGACUAUUAUUACGUAAUCAAAGAAUAUUAUAAUCGUAGUGAUUGCAAAUUUAGCGAGAGUAAUGCUUAUCCAUCGGAAUUACUUUAUACACAAUGCACGAAAGAUUCCAAUGGGUUUGAACAUGCCGAGAUAAAAGAUGGAAAGAUGACAAUAUCGUUUUAUGGGUCUGAUAACUGCUCUGGUAAUACAAAUUCAGAACCCAUUAUUAUUGAAGUUGAUAAAUGUGUGGAAUUUCAAAAAGAACAUCGUAUUGUUUCAAAAAGUGCAACUGAAAUUCCAUUUGAAAGCUCAUCCGACGUUUCUUCCAAAAGCUCACAUGAAAUGUCUUCUGAAGGUGCAUUUAACAUUAUGGCAUGCCUUGGUCUAUUUAUUAUGUUCAUGUUUUGA